UACAGUUACGCGUAGGUUCAUCAUAUUUAUUAUAUUUUUGGAUUGGAUAGAGAAGGGAGAUAAUGGCGAAGAAGAAAGCAACGAUGACGCUCAAAGACUUCCAUGGAGGUUCAAUUCCUUCCGAUCUCCGUCUCCCUUCUGCCCCUGGAGUAAUCGUGAGGCCUGCAGAUUGUGGUGGUUUUGAUCGGCAGACUUCAUGGGGGAAUUCAAUGGGAAGGUCUGAGCAUAGGUUGCGUCCAGCAUCAUCCGGGUCUAUUCGGAAAUUUGAUGAUAAGGCUCUAUUUUUAACUCACAAGGAACACAUCGGUUCUCAUUUUGAUGAGGAUGAACGCAGGCCUUUGGAUGCAGCAGGUCCCCGACGAAUUGCCAGUGAUGAGAGCACUCAUGCUCUACCAAGCAGUGCGGCGGAAACUAAGAUGGAUUAUCUGUCUGGCGCUAAAGCUGAUAAUCAGCUGGGUUCAACUACCUUAUCUCAAUUUUCAAGUGGUUUGAUAGGUAGUUCUUACGCGGGGAUGCUUACUGAAGUACAUAAUGUGGGAUUGAAGAAUCAAAUUAGUAGCAGCAGGAAUGGCACUGUUGUGGUGAAUUAUCAGAGUGUGGGUGGAAAUUCUGGGCAGGCGGUUGCUGUGUCCCAUCAGAAUGCAUGGGGAGGAAGGAAGGUGGCAGGUUUAAGGGAGCCUGUAUCUGCUGCAUGGUCAGCUCCAGAUGCUGCAUCGAAGUUGGCUCAUGCCAGUGCUCUUGAGAAAGUCUCAUCUGGUCGGUGGCACUCGAAACAGCUGAUUCAUCCUCAAAAUGAUGUUCAGCUUAUUGGACACCUGGUAAAUGAGAGAGAGAUUAAUUACAAGGGCAAUGAUAUACUUGAUCAGAAUUACUACAAAAUAGAUGUGGUAGGUGGGAGUCCCUAUCAAGAUGUUGGAUUGGCAAUACAUGCUGAGAGGAGUCUGGUUGUUGAAGAUGAAGUUCAUGUUGGUGGUAAGGAUAUAUCACCUAAUGAGAGUGCCAGGUCUACCAUUUAUAUGGACACAGAUAUGAGGAAAGCUUCAGUUAAUGCUAAUGAUUUUCAGCCUGUUCAGACUGCUGUAAAAACCGGUGGGAGUGAGUUACAGACAGAAGUGCCUUUAGAACCAUCAGAGAGGCCCAAACUGAAUCUACUUCCAAGAUCCAAACCUUUGGAGAAUAUAGAUAUGAUAGUUGAUUAUAAGCAGAAGACAAGUGAUCCAGCUCAUCUUGGGGAUAUCAACGAAUUAUAUAGAUGUGCACAUCCUGUACAACCUGGGCAUUCUGAAUCGACGCGAACAUUAGAGCGUCCAAAACAGGAUUUCAAGCCUCAGUUACAGCCUAUUGAACAAUUAGAGAGAAAAACUGAAAUCAAAAGGUUGACCGAAUUUUGAUAACUAGCUUGCCAUGUAAUUAUAUAAUAUUGGUUUGUUUUAUUCCAGUGUCUCUUCCAAGUCUGUUUGAUUUUCC